AUGGCAAAUGCCAGCGGGAAAAGAAUUGCAAAUCAAAAUGAAUCGACUGUGAAAACUCUGAGGCUCGGCAUGAUAUUGCCUACCCUCCUCUCCCUUGUGCUUCGUUUCCUAUUUAGAAAGAGUUCUCUUCCCCCUUCUAAAGGGUCAUUGGCUAUCUAUAUAGUCACUUUCUUUCCGGCGUUCUUCCUUUCCAAUUAUCUCAUCAAGCAAGGCUCACCUCGGCGCGAUCCAACAACCGGCACUUUAAUAUCCUCUGGCGAAGAUUUAAGUCAGCCUGGAGUAACAGAAUGGUGCUUUGAUAUUCUAUACAUCACUUGGGCAUGUCAAAUUGGUAGUGGGGCAUUUGGCGAAUGGUUUUGGUGGUUGUACAUGAUUAUUCCCUUAUACGCUGUGUUUAAGCUAUGGACAUCUGUGAUCUCACCUUUGGUUCUGGGAAAAGGGUCCGGCGGUCCCGCGGAAAGCACCACGGAAAAAGAGCCUGUAGGAAGCAAAAGACAGGAAAAACUCCGUAAACGACAAGAAAAAGGCGACCCUCGUGUGCGAGUACAAACAGGAAGAAGAUAA